AUGCAAUUGAAACUCCUCUCCCCCUUUCCCCUGACCGAGACGCUCCUCUCGCUCUCCUUAAUCUCAGGCGCCCUGGCCUUCAGCGAGCCCUGCAGACAGGGCCUCUCCUAUUGUGGAUCAACCCUGCAGAAUUACCACGAUUACUCGCCCGAUGAUCUUCGCACGGCCAUCUUCGCCGCCCCAAACACCCCCUAUAAGUCCCUGGCGGCGCGACGUCCAUCCGACGCCCUGUUCCGAUGCGACGACGACCAGGGCGGAGUGGUGCUGAAGGAGUUUUGUUUCGCGGGAUGCGAGCAGCCGCUGAAUGGAGAUAGUUGUGCUGCGGAGGGUUCUUCGACCGGUUAA